CGGGGAAAGGAGAGCUGCGUGGGCGCCCGGGCGGGAAGCGCAGUGCUGCGUCCGGCCUGGCCAGCGCGGAGCGGCGAAGAGCCCAGCGGCGAGCGCGCGGCCCACCCGGGGACCAUGGGCUCCAUGUUCCGGAGUGAGGAGGUGGCCCUGGUUCAGCUCUUCCUGCCCACAGCAGCUGCCUACUCCUGCGUGAGCCAGCUUGGCGAGCUGGGCAUCGUAGAGUUCAGAGAUCUCAAUGCCUCAGUGAGUGCCUUUCAGAGACGCUUCGUGGUAGAUGUUCGGCGCUGCGAGGAGUUGGAGAAGACCUUCACCUUCCUGCAGGAGGAGGUCAGGCGAGCUGGACAGGAGCUGCCCCCACCCGAGGGGAGGCUGCUGGCGCCUCCGCCCCGUGACCUGCUGCGCAUCCAGGAGGAGACAGAUCGCCUGGCCCAGGAGCUGCGAGAUGUGCGGGGCAACCAGCAGGCCCUGCGGGCCCAGCUACACCAGCUACAGCUCCACUCAGCCGUGCUGGCCCAGGGCCAUGGUACCCCGCUGGUAGCCACCCACACAGAUGGGCUCUCGGAGACGACCCCCCUCUUGCAGCACUCCAAGGGGCCACACCAGGACCUGAGGGUCAACUUUGUGGCAGGUGCCGUGGAGCCCCACAAGGCCGCCGCGCUGGAGCGUCUGCUCUGGAGAGCCUGCCGCGGCUUCCUCAUUGCCAGCUUCAGGGAGGUGGAGCAGCAGCUGGAGGACCCUGUGACGGGGGAGCCUACGACAUGGAUGACCUUUCUCAUCUCCUACUGGGGUGAGCAGAUCGGACAGAAGAUCCGCAAGAUCACUGACUGCUUCCACUGCCAUGUCUUCCCAUUCCUGGAGCAGGAGGAGGCCCGCCAGGGGGCCCUGCAGCAACUGAAGCAGCAGAGCCAGGAGCUGCAGGAGGUCUUGGGGGAGACCGAGCGGUUCCUGGGCCAGGUGCUGGGCCGGGUACAACGCCGCCAGUGCAGGUGCAGGUACGCAAGAUGAAGGCCGUGUACCUGGCCCUCAACCAGUGCAGCGUGAGCACCACGCACAAGUGCCUCAUCGCCGAGGCCUGGUGCGCCACGAGCGACCUGCCCACCCUGCAGCAGGCCCUGCAGGACAGCUCGGGUGAGGCAGGAGUGAGCGCCGUGGCCCAUCGCAUUCCUUGCCGAGACAUGCCCCCGACACUUAUCCGCACCAACCGCUUCACAGCCAGCUUCCAGGGCAUCGUGGAUGCCUACGGUGUGGGUCGCUACCAGGAGGUCAACCCCGCACCCUACACCAUCAUCACCUUCCCCUUCCUCUUUGCUGUGAUGUUCGGUGACGUGGGCCACGGGCUGCUCAUGUUCCUCUUUGCCCUGGCCAUGGUGCUUGCUGAGAACCAGCCGGCCGUGAAGUCUGCGCAGAAUGAGAUCUGGCAGACCUUCUUCGGGGGCCGCUACCUGCUCUUGCUCAUGGGCCUGUUCUCCAUCUACACCGGCUUCAUUUACAACGAGUGUUUCAGCCGCGCCACCACCAUCUUCCCCUCGGGCUGGAGCGUGGCCGCCAUGGCCAACCAGUCAGGCUGGAGUGAUGCUUUCCUGGCCCAGCACCCGGUGCUCACCCUGGAUCCAAAUGUCACCGGCGUCUUCCUGGGACCCUACCCCUUUGGCAUCGACCCUGUCUGGAGCUUAGCUAUCAACCACCUGAGCUUCCUCAACUCCUUCAAGAUGAAGAUGUCUGUCAUCCUGGGGGUCACGCACAUGGCCUUCGGGGUGGUCCUUGGAGUCUUCAACCACGUGCACUUCGGCCAGCGGCACCGGCUGUUGUUGGAGACGCUGCCAGAGCUCAUCUUCCUGCUGGGGCUUUUCGGCUACCUGGUCUUCCUGGUCAUCUACAAGUGGCUGCGCGUUUCGGCUGCCAGUGCUGCCUCGGCCCCCAGCAUCCUCAUCCACUUCAUCAACAUGUUCCUCUUCUCCCAGAGCCCCACCAACCGGCCGCUCUACCAUGGGCAGGAAAUAGUUCAGCCCACACUGGUGGUCCUGGCCUUGGCCAUGGUGCCCGUUCUGCUGCUUGGCACGCCCUUGUACCUGCUGCGCCACUCCAGGAGAAGGCCACGCAAGAAUGACGAGACUGACAAGGCCAGGCUUCUGGACUCACCUGAUGUAUCUGUGAAUGGCUGGGGCUCGGAUGAAGAGAUGGCCGGGUGCCCAGGGGAUGAAAAGGAUGCCGAGUUUGUCCCCUCCGAGGUGUUUAUGCACCAGGCCAUCCACACCAUUGAGUUCUGCCUGGGCUGCAUCUCCAACACAGCCUCCUACCUGCGCCUCUGGGCCCUGAGCUUGGCCCAUGCCCAGCUGUCGGAGGUCUUGUGGGCCAUGGUGAUGCGUGUGGGCCUGGGCAUGGGCCGGGAGCUGGGCGUGGCGGCCGUGGUGCUGGUCCCCGUCUUCGCCGCCUUUGCUGUUUUGACCGUGGCUAUCUUGCUGGUGAUGGAGGGGCUCUCAGCCUUCCUGCAUGCCCUGCGGCUACACUGGGUGGAGUUUCAGAACAAGUUCUACGCAGGCACUGGCUACAAGCUGAGCCCCUUCACCUUCGCCCUUGAGGAUGAAUAGGGCCCACCUGUGGGUCAUGCCCAGUCCUUCCCUGUGUGAGGCAGGAAAGAAAUAAAGAGUGGGGAGGCCCAGAAGCUGCGUUGGGUGCUGUUGGAAACACCAGGCACUGGGCUGGGUGUGGGUUGGCCCUACCCUACAAUUUCUAUUGGCUGGUCCUGUGCCAGCCCCAGGCCUAUCUCUUACACCAUUGCUUUCUAGCGGAGGUAGGUCGGGGUGGAGGUACUGGUCUAGGGUCUGGGGUCUCAAGGCAGGGAGAGGACCCAUGUGCACACCUGCAAUAACCCCACUCUUGUGGACAGGGACAGAGCUAGGGUGGAAGAGGGGUUUCUAGCAUAUUCAAGCACAAGCUGGGUGAGUGGAGUGAGCUCAUCCUUAAAGGUGUGCAGACUGGCUUUAAGAGUGUUUGAGAUGCUCUUGGGAGAGGGCUGUGCCAACAUUCCAUGCCCUGGUGCUGGGCCUCAGGGACUCAAGGUGACUACAGAGAGCAGUCUCAUCUUGCCAGGCAGGCCUGUGGUGUCACACACCUGGGCUAGCCUGACAGAGAUGAGCAUGGGCUGUCCAGAAGGUCCAAACGAGCUGAGCCUGACUCUGGUCCUGCCUCCCCAUCACCCAAGACACACGGCUCUGUCCCUGGUGGCAGUCCUGCUCCUGAGGGCAUCCAUGUGUGGCUAGGGGGCUGGGAUGGCCUCCUGGCAUUCCUCCUGACCUGGGUCUCACGACUCACUGGGAGGCAGAACCAAAGCUUCUCAGGGGCCUCAAUUUUUCUGACCAGUGAGCUGCAAAGUGGUUCUUCCAGUUGGAGGCUCCAAGAACAAAGGCUCCUUUGAGGCCAGAGUCAUCCAGGGCACCAGAGCCUGGGGGACUGGCCGGCUGUUGGGAGGAGCCUGUCCCUGGGGUCCUGGAUUGCCUGAUUGAGGCAAUGCCUCAGCAAUGCGGACACUGAGGCCCUCUGACAUUUGGGAGCCAGGUUUGGAAGAAGGGUUAGAAAAGAGGCACUAGAAGGGGGGUCCCGGAGGCUGGAGGGAAAUCAGAGAGGGGCAAGAAUAAACCAUCUUGAGGAAGAGGCAAUGCCUCAAUCAGGCAAUCCAGGACCCCAGAAACUUGCUCAAGGCCCAUGUUUUCUGGGUGGGGAUACAAGGCAAUGCCACAGGCCUGCAGACUCGGCUCAGAGAAGUGAUGCUAAGCCCCUUGGUCAGUGACAGGCAGCUGACCACAGCACUGCGAGGGCUGUGGACAGAUCUGGACUAAACUCAGAACCUGAAGCCUUACCCCUUCCUGGGGUACAGAGCUGAGCUUGGACUUGCUGGGCAGAGGACAUGAUGGACAGAGGCUCAAAGCCAAGUGUGUGGCAAGUGUGAUUUGGUGGGCGAGGCAGGUGUGGGAUUCAGGGAGAACCACUUGGCCCUGUCCUGGCUUUGACACAUGGAUGUCUGGCAGCACUGGGUAGAAAAGCCCAGUUGCCAUGGGAACAGCAUAUGCAAAGGCACUGAAAUGGACGACCUUACAGUGUGGAGGUUAUCAGGGGCAGGCGGAUGGGAUGUAUCCUCUGCACUGAAGACUCAGCAGUGAAUAGAACAGGCCUGAUCCAAUCCCUGCUCAUGUGAUUAUAGUCAAGAACACAAAGGAAAUGAAUGAGAAUUCUAGAAGUUAAAUGGCAAGAAGAAAGCAGAGUAAUGGGCCAGGAAGGCAUGUAGGGCCAGGGUGGCUUUGGGGACAGCAGCACCUUUGAUGGGAUAGUGUGACUCUCAGCUGGCAGAGGGACAAUGUGGAUGAGCCAUCACCUGCAGUGAGGAAACUGCAACAGGCCUAGUGUAUUUAAGGAAGUGUGGCUAGAGCCAAGGAAGCAGAGGGUAAGGAGGUGGGUGGGGCUGGCUAGCAGAGCCUUGUGGCGUCUUCACUCUGAGCACAAGUGAGGACUUACAGAGGAGCCCCAGUAUCCGUCACGGUUCAACUUUACUAUCUGGAUAUCUAAACACAUUUACCUGCUUAAACAUUUAAAUGUCCCGAAGGGUGAACAGUGAGAAGGUCUUUUGUCCUAGCCCAGCCAGUCUCCUCCCCAGGUACAACCACUGUCUCCAGUCUCCACUGCGUCUUUCCAGAGGUCUUCAUGUCAGGGAACAAGGUAGGCUGGAGCUCAGAAGGCGGCCAGUGGCAGAGGCUGGGGCCCUCUGACAUUUGGGAGCCAGGCUUGGAAGAAGAGUUAGAAAAGAGGCCCUAGAAGGGGGGCCCCGGGGGUUAGAAAGAAAUCAGAGAGGGCCAAGAAUAAGCUAUCUAGGAAGAGGAGAGCCAACAGGGCCUCAUGCCACUGAGAAGCCCAGCCAUGUAGCGGCGCAGUGCCACCCACUCAACUGAAGAUAGCAAGCGAUUGAGGAGCUGGGCGGCUGAACCUGGAGCCCUCCUUGAGGUUUAAGACACAUCCAAGGGUGACGCCUUGAGGUUGGGUUUUUAAUAUUUUAUUUGUAUAGUACAAUCUCUGGUAGCAGAAAUAUAUGCACAAAAGAAAAAUUCAAAUAAGAGUUCAGAGUAAAAAAAAAAAAGUCUGCUAAGAAUUUAUCCCAUAGGACAUUUAUAUAUAUAGAUUUCACAGCUAUUCUCUAUCUGCACCCUACAUCCCACACAGGCUGCUUGUCCCGCAAGAAUAACUGUCAGGUCAUUCUUAGGGGAAAGUAGGGGCAGGAAAAGCUGGCCACCGGAGAGCCAAGGCCAGGGUUCCCCUCUGCCCAGGAGCAGCAGGAGGCUUUUGAAGGGCCCUGGGGCAGAACAACUCCCAGGGACAAGCAGAGGGGAGAUGAGCAAGAAGACAGAGAGGUCCCUGCACUGCCCAGGGCCACAGCAUGACUGAGGAAGCUGGAGUUAAUGAAACACUCUCAGGCAGAGUGGCACGUCAGAGACUACACCCAGUUAAAGAGAAAUUCAUCUGUAUAACAAAAUGUGUACAACGGUAAAGAGAGCGGCGUCCAUCCAGAUGGCAGCUCUCAGCAGCUCCUGUGCAAUCUGCAUCUCCAGCAUCCGCCCUGUGGACCAAAUGGGUGAAAGCAGCUUCGAGACAGCAGCGCAUGCUGCCCUGCAGUAGUGCUGCCUCGACACAGGCUCAGCCAGCGACUUCACAGGACGUCUCUGCUCCCUCACUGUCCUGCGGUGUGUCUACAGCACAUCACCACCUACAAAGGGCCUGGUCAGUCAUAGUGGUCACCAGCACGUGAAUGGACAUCUUUUUAAAAAAGGAACAUCAACCAAAGGACCCGCAGUAACACUGUUCACUCUCGGUUUGCAGUAUCUGACCGAAAUCCAUAAGCCCCCAAUAGAAAGCACCUUCUCUAGAUUAAAAGGAUUCUGAGAUAUUG